AGCAACAUAAUAGAUGGACCUGGAAUUGGGACUCAAAAUCACCAAAACUAGAGAUGACGUUGCUUCCAUCUCUGAAUAUCGAUUAGCAAAAGCAGGACCUGUUUUUCAAUCUAGAGAAACAAACACUGCUUUCAUCCUCACUGCUCAUCUCAAAGGUUUUAAGAAGAAUAACAUUAACAUCAAGAUUAGUGAAGAUGGUAGCAAGAUAUCAGUUAGUGGAGAGAAGCCUGUUCAGAAUAUUUUGAUGAUGGGAUGGUUAAUGCAUAGGAAAGAGGUUGAUGUUGCAGGGUUUAAUAAGGUUUUCAAAAUUCCUGAUGGGGUGAAAUUGGAUGGGAUCAAAGCCAAGUAUGAUGAGGAGGAAUGGAUAAUGAACAUUGUCAUGCCAAAAUUGGUUAAAGGAAUUUGUGGGGUUAAGAUUGAAGAGAUCAAGGAAGAAAAAUCUGAUGGAAGGAGAUCAGAACAAGAGAAAAUUGAAGGUGAUCACAUUCCUAGUGCUGUUGGAGAGACAAGCCAAAAGGGGUCUAAAGAGUCUGAAGUUCAGGAAAUGGAGGAGAGUGAACAUUCUAUGGAGAAGAAGGAAGAAGUGUCUCACAAGAUACUUGAUGAUUCCAACAGGAAAAUAACUAAGGAUACUGUACAUAAAGAAUUAGAAGAAUCUAAAGUUGGAACUGAUGGUGAAAAUGGAGAUAGUUUUAGAGAAGUUGGAAAGGAAGAAUAUGAAGUGAAGAAGACAUCAGAACCAGAGCAAAAAGUUGGAGUAGCCACCUCACAGAAAAUUGGAGAAGCAAGCCAAAAGGAAAUCAAAGAAUUAAAGUUGAAGAAUGAGGAUGGAAGAGUAAAACCAUCAGCAGAGGGGAAAAGUGUAGAUGAAGGUAUGCCUAAAGACAUUGGAGGAGAUACAAGACAAGAUAAAGAGUUGAAGGUUCAAGAAAUGGAGGGCAAUGAAGGUUUUGUAGAGAAGGAGGAGAAAGGACCAAGUGAAAAUAUGCUUGAUGAUGCCAAUGCAAACAUAAUUGGAGAGGUGAUCCAGAAAGAAGAAGAAUCCAAGUCAGAAAUCAAGGAAAGAGAUGGAGAAAGUGUGAAAGAAAAUAAUGUGAGAGCAGGACAUAAAGGAAUAAAGAUAUCAGAAAUUGAGCAGAAUGUAGGUGCAGAUGUCACACAGAAUAUUGUAGAUAAAAUCCAAGGAGUAUCUAAAGAUUCUGUUAUAGAACAAAUGGGGGGAAACAAAAGUAUUGUAGAGAAUAUGGAGAGAGAAGAGCCAGAAGAGAUGGUUGUUGAAGCCAAUGUGUCUACUGAAGGAGAGACACUUGGAGAGUCAAACCAAAAACAAUUUGGAGAACCGAGUUCUGAAACUGAGGAUAGACUAAAUGAAAGUCUGAAGGAAAAUAGAAUGGAAACAAUGAAGGCCCCACAACUUGACCAAAAUGUAGAUGAUCAGAUUCCUGCUAACAUUGGUGGUAUAAGCCAAGAAGGAUAUAAGGAGUCCAGGAUUCAAUGGAAGAAGAAAACUAAAAGCAUAAAAGAGAAUAUGGAUGAAGGGAAAUCUGAAAAAAUUCCAAUUCAGGCAAGUAAGGAUGGUAAAAAGCACAUAUAUGGCAAGAACAUGCAAGAGAACAUUAAAAAGCCUAGGAUUCAAACAGGGAAUAAAGAUCAUAUUCUGCCUAAGAUUGAAACUGGGAAUGGAGAUCAAGUAUAUGAUGGAGUAAAGGCUGGUAAGGAAGAAUUUGAUUUAAUGGAAAUAAGAAGGAAAGAAUUUCCUCAGAAGUUACCAAAAGGCACAACUGAGGAUGGCAAAAGGUUGAGUGUUUCAAAAAUGCAAGAAACUGAAGAUGUCAAAGAAGCAAAGAUCAAAACAAAAUGGAAAGAGAAUGAAUAUUUGGUGGAUAAGGAUGAAGGUGAAGAACUCAGAAGGAUGCACAAGGAAGCCAAAAAAGACUUGGCAAAAAAGACACUGCAAGAAAAUGAAGAUGUCAAAGAAGAAAUGUCCAAAAGAAAAGACGAAGGGAUUGAAAAAAUUGAAGAUAAGGGUGAAAGGAAAGAACACAACAGGUUGUAUAUGGAAGCGAAGGACUUCAAAAAAGAGAAAAUACAAGAAAAUGAAGAUAUCCAUGAAGCAAUGCUAAAAAGAGAAGGCAAAAAUAAUGAACAUUUUGGGGAUAAGCGUGGUGAAAACCCCGAAAGGAUGCAUAUGGAAGCAAAGAAGAACAUAGCAAAGGAGAUAAUGCAAGAAACAUAUGGUGUCAAAGAAGCAAUCGUUAAAGGAAAAGGAGAAGAGAUUGGAAAUUUUACUGAUAAGGGUGAAGGUGAAGAACCCACAAAGAUUAUUACGCAUGCAAAGAAAGAAUUAACAAAAGAAACAGAGCAAGAAAAUGAAAAAGUAAAAGAAGCUAUGCUCAAAACGAAAGACAAAGAAAUUGAACAUUUUGUGGAUAAGGGUGAACCCAAAAGCAUGGAUGUGGAACCAAAGAAGGGCUUAACAGCAAAGACCAUGCAAGAAAGUGAACAUGUCAGAGAAGCAAUGGUCAAAGGAGAAGGCAACGGUUAUAAAUAUUUUUUGAAUAAAGGUGUAAGUGAAGGACCCGAAAGGAUGCAUAUAGAACCAAAGACGGACAUGGCAAAAGACAAAUUGCAAGAAAUAGAAGGUUCCAAAGAAGCAAUGGUGAAAAUAAAAGGCAAAGAGAUUAAAAAUUUUGUUGUUAAGGAUGGAGGUGAAGAAAACAAGAAGAUGAAUAUGAAACUAAAGAAAGAGUCAACAAAAGAAACAAAGCAAGGAAGUGAAAAUGUCAAAGAAGCCAAGGGGAAAAUGAAAGGCAAAGAGACUAAAUAUUUUGUAGACAAGGGUGAAGGUGAAGAACCCAAAAGCAUGAAUGUGGAAGCAAAGAAGGAAGAUGAUAGAGAAUGCAAAGAUUGUGAAUGUUUUGUGGAUAAGGGUGAAGAUGAAGAGACCAAAAGGAUGCUAAUGGAACCAAAGAACGUAGCAAAAGAGACAAUGCAAGAAAUAAAAGGUGUCAAGGAAGCAAUGGUCAAAAGAAAAGGCAAAGAAAUUGAAAAUUUGGCUGAUAAGGAUGAAGCUGGGGAACUCACAAAGAUGCUUGCGAAGUCAAACAAAGAGUUAACAAAAGAAAAAAAGCAACAAAGUGAAAAAAUCAAAGAAGCUAUGGUCAAAAGGAAAGCCAAAGAGACUGAAUAUUUUGCUGAUAAGGGUGAAGAUAAAGAACCCAAAAGCAUGUAUGUCGAAGAAAAGAAGGACUUAACAACAAAGACUACACAAGAAAGUGAAGAACCCAAAAGGAUGCAUAUCAAACCAAAGGACAUAACAAAAGAUACAAUACCAAAAACAGGUGUCAAAGAGGCAAAGGUCAAAACAAAAGAGAAAGAGAUUGGAAAUUUUGUUGACCAGUAUGAUGGUGAAGAACACAUAAAGAUGCUCGUGAAAGAGUUACCAAAAGAAAGAGACAAAGAAAGAGAAAAAUUCAAAGAAGUUAUGGUACAAAAGAAAGUCAAAGAAACUGAAUAUUCUAUGGAUAAGGGUGAAGAUGAAGAACCCAUAACCAUGCAUGUGGAAGCAGAGAAGGACUUAACAUCAAAGACUAUACUAGAAAGGGAAGAUGUGAGAGAAGAAGUGGUCGAAACAGAAGGAAAAGAUUAUGAAUAUUUUGUUGAUAAGGGUGAAAGUGAAGAACUUAAAAUGACAAAUAUGGAAACAAAGAAGAACACGGGAAAAGAGUCAAUGCAAGAAACAAAAGGUGCAAAAGAAGCAAUGGCUAAAAGAAAAGGCAAAGAGAUUGGAAGUUUUGAAAAGGGUGAAGAAGAUAAAGAGACUAAAAGGGUGCAUGUGGAAGACAAGAAGGACUUAACAACAGUGACAGUGCAGGAAAGUGAUGGUGCCGAUGAAGGCAAUGAAAACAAAUGCUUUUCGGAUGAGGGUGAAGAUGAAGAACCCAACAGGAUGUAUAUGGAAACAAAAAAGGAUUUUAGAGAAGAGACAUUGCAUGAAAGUGAAAAUGUCAAAAAUGUGAAGGUAAAAAGUGAAGGCAAAGACAUUGAAUAUUUUUCAGAUAAGAGUGCAGACAAAGAAUCAAUAAGGAUGCUCAUGGAAACAAAGAGAGACUUGACAAAAGAGGAAAUGCAUGAAAAUGACGAUGUCAAAGAAACUAUGAUCAAAAGGAAGGGCAAAGAGAUUGAGUAUUUUGUGGAUAACAGUGAAGGUGAAGUUGAAGAACCCAACAGGAUGCAUAUUGAAGAAAAGAAAGACCUAGCAACAAAGACAAUGCAUGAAAUUGAAGAUGCCAAUGAAGUCAUGGUCAAAAGAAAAGACAAGGAGAUUGAAAAUUUUGGUAAAGAAUCCAAAAUUAGGGAAACAAAGAAAGACUCAACAAAAGUGACAAUGAAAGAAAGUGAUGAUACCAGAGAAGCAAUGGUCAAAAGAAAAGGUAAAGAGGUUGAACGUUUUGUGAAUAAGGGAGAAAAACCGAAAUGGAUGCAUACGGAAGCAAAGAAGGACUUAACAACCAAAACAAGAGAAGAAAGUGAAGUUAUCAGAGAAGCGAUGGUCAAAAGAGAAGGGGAAGAAGAGAUGGGCUAUUUUCUGGAAAAGGGAGAUGAGAAAGACAUACCAAAAGAGAAAAUUCAGAUAGUUGAGAAGAUUAAGCAUGGAAUUACGGAUAAUGAUCAACGAAAUGUACUAGGAAAAACUACUGAAGGAAAAUCUGAAGUACCAUCUGAAGAGGGUCCCAAGCUGGUGGGGGAACAAGAUGGAAGUAGAGGACUUAAGGUUUCAAACAUGGAAGACCCAAAAGAAAUUAUCAAAGAAGAAAUGGCUGAAACAGAAAAUUUAAUGGAAAAGGUUCAAGGGCAAAAGUCUAAGAAGGGCGAAGAAGCAAGGAGAGUUAUUCAGAAAAACACAGCAACUGAGAUCUUACAGAAAGAAACUGAGGAGUCCAACAAUGAAAGGAAGUCCAGAGAAGGACCAAAUGUACCAAACAAUAUGGUCAAAGUCGUAUUUGAAGUGUUGGGGACUUUUCAGGCAAUGCUUCCCAAGAAGGUGAUGGAAGCAAUUGGCCAAAAUAAGGAUAAGAAUGAAUAUGUUACUGUGAAGUUGAAAGCAGAGGGGUCUAUAAAGAUGCAUGUUGAACCAAUUGAGGCUUUUGAUGAGGAUGAAACUGAAGAAAGAAGCGAGAAAGAAGUUAGAAAGCCAGAACUCAAGUCUACUGACCAAAUAAGUGGGAAAGAGAAUGUUGAUUUUGGGGUAUUUGAUGGAAGAAAGAGACCACAAUUUCUAGAGAUAGGAGAAACACAAGGCGCAAAAGAAGACAAUGCACAAAUAGAGGAGUGUGCGAAGAAAAUAGAUGGAGAUCGAUCUGAGAAGAUACAAGUUGAAGAAAAAGGACGGAAGUCGUCUCAGUCAUCUCAGAAAGGAAGAGAAGGUCCAAAGAUCCAAACGAUGGUAAAAGAUCAACAUCGUUUGCAAGAAGAAAAGGAAAAGCCCUUGGGAAAAACAACAGCAGCAGAAGAUAAGAAGCCUAAAAUGGGGGAAAUAACUCCAGAGUUUGAGAAGGCUAGUGGAUUCAAAAGGGCUGCAGAAAAUUCGCAUGAAAGUAGCAAGAGAGAACAUCAAAUAAUGACUCCAAAGAAAGAAGUUGAAAAAUCAAAGAAGGAAGAGCAUUCUCCUAUGCCUACAGCAAGCCAAAGAAAAGAACCUCUUGAAUUAUCACUGCCAAGCAAGGACUACAAAACUUCAAAGAUAGAGGAAGUACAACAAAAGGAGGGAAAAAGAACCAUGCAUUUACUAGAAGCAACCUUUUCCAAAGAAGGAGAACUUGCACAAGCCAUAGCUACACAUUCAAAAGAAAAAAGUGAGAUUGAUGAGCUGCAGGUAAAUCAACUACCAUCUCCAUCUACAGAAAUGGGGAGUACAGAACCACGUGAAUCAGAAAAGUAUGGUUUGAAAGAAGAUGGCUAUAAGGCUGUGAGUUUAGAUCAUAUGCAAGAAGGAAAAGAUGAAACGGAUGAACCAUCAAAAUUUCCAAGUUCAUCUUCCACUCAACCAUUUGAAGUUGAAGGAAAGGAUAAGAUAAAUGCUAGUUGUGAUGAUGAAUCUCAAGAUUCAGACACGGACUCUGAAAUAGAUGGGGAAACAUCAAACCAAGGUGAAACAGACGAAGAAGUUGUACAAAGAGAGACACCACAGCCAGAGUCCCCUGAAGAUCAACAAUGCACCCACAAAGCUCUGGAAGAAAGCAAUGGAACACAUGAAAUAGAAGAAGAAAAGACAGAUGAACAAGGAGAUGAAUCCGAUCAGGAAGAGUUGGACGAGCAAAAAGAAGGUGAGGAGGAAGCCAUUGGAGGGAACAAGGACCAGAAAAGGUCAAAGAAACUUAUCAUUUCCACCAUCAUAGCAGGAUCAGCCCUUCUUGCUUCUGGAAUAUUUCUUAUCAUUCGACAUAGAAGAUCCAUAAAAGGGUAAGUAUGUGUUCAUCAAAUCUAGUUUCCACUUUUCUAUGUGAAGAGAAUCUUCCUUAGUGUUCCUGUUUUGCUCUCAGUGCUAAGUGAUAUUCAAAGUGAGUUGAAGUUUACAUUUCUGCUCAAUUUUUGAACUCCUGAGAAUUCAACGGAGAAGAAUAUGCAAUGGCGUGUUUGCUGUGUACAUGGCAACACCUUUGUU